AAAAUGUGGAGCCCUCAUUGGUGUAGGGUGUAGUGUGCGGCAGUAGACGUUGACAUCAGCUUGCCCGGUUUUGAAAGAACUAUAGACUUGAUUUGAAUCCUAAACUGUACAAUGUUGGUUGUGUUCAUUAUUAUCACGACAUUUGUGUCAUGUGCAGCUCAGAUACAGUGUCCAACAAAUGAAUACCAAAUCUACAAUGGACAAUGCUAUCAUAGCGGGUCUACUGGUAACUGGAGUCAUGCGCAAGCGUAUUGCGCAACCUUCGGUCUUUCAGUGAUGGGUUUCAGAUCGAUUGCUGACAUGUCAAAUUUUCUCAAUACUGAUGCUAACACAAUUUGGGUCGGCGCCACGGAUAUCGCUAACGAAGGGGUGUUUGUAUGGGACGACACACGUCAACCAAUCACUGUGGACUUUCAGAACAUCGUUGACAUGUCUUCAAAUACAGAUAGUAACGAUUGUCUGAUUGCUGAAUUAGGACAAACUAUUCAAGUCUAUGCUACAGAUUGUGUAGCUACAGUAGCUGGUUCUAAAUGCAUGGGAGAAUUAUAUUCUGAAGGAACUACCACCCCACAAGAUACUACAACUCCCAGCACCACUAAGAGAACAAAAAAACCGUGCAAGAAAGGCUAAGAAGGCAAAAGUUCACAGAGAAGUUAUGCUUGCCCCUGGAAAUCAUGGAAAUCAACAUCUAUUUAUGCAUUUGGACGUCAUGAAAUUUCAAAUUUAAAAACAAAAAAUUUCUUCUAUCUUCAUGGCAUAAACCUUUGUAAUUUUCACUCCUCUAAAAUCUGAAUACCUUAAAUAGAAAUUUAAAAUAAAUGAGUCUGAAAAUA